AUGCUUACCCUCAUCACCCCAGCCUUACCCUCAUCACCCCAGCCUUACCCUCAUCACCCCAGCCUUACCCUCAUCACCCCAGCCUUACCCUCAUCACCCCAGACUUACCCUCAUCACCCCAGACUUACCCUCAUCACCCCAGCCUUACCCUCAUCACCCCAGCCUUACCCUCAUCACCCCAGCCUUACCCUCAUCACCCCAGCCUUACCCUCAUCACCCCAGCCUUACCCUCAUCACCCCAGCCUUACCCUCAUCACCCCAGCCUUACCCUCAUCACCCCAGCCUUACCCUCAUCACCCCAGCCUUACCCUCAUCACCCCAGCCUUACCCUCAUCACCCCAGACUUACCCUCAUCACCCCAGACUUACCCUCAUCACCCCAGACUUACCCUCAUCACUCCAGCCUUACCCUCAUCACCCCAGCCUUACCCUCAUCACCCCAGCCUUACCCUCAUCACUCCAGACUUACCCUCAUCAUUCCAGACUUACCCUCAUCACCCCAGACUUACCCUCAUCACCCAGCCUUACCCUCAUCACCCCAGCCUUACCCUCAUCACCCCAGCCUUACCCUCAUCACCCCAGCCUUACCCUCAUCACCCCAGCCUUACCCUCAUCACCCCAGCCUUACCCUCAUCACCCCAGCCUUACCCUCAUCACCCCAGCCUUACCCUCAUCACCCCAGACUUACCCUCAUCACCCCAGACUUACCCUCAUCACCCCAGACUUACCCUCAUCACUCCAGCCUUACCCUCAUCACCCCAGCCUUACCCUCAUCACCCCAGCCUUACCCUCAUCACUCCAGACUUACCCUCAUCAUUCCAGACUUACCCUCAUCACCCCAGACUUACCCUCAUCACCCAGCCUUACCCUCAUCACCCCAGCCUUACCCUCAUCACCCCAGCCUUACCCUCAUCACCCCAGCCUUACCCUCAUCACCCCAGCCUUACCCUCAUCGCUCCAGACUUACCCUCAUCACCCCAGACUUACCCUCAUCACCCCAGACUUACCCUCAUCACCCAGCCUUACCCUCAUCACCCCAGCCUUACCCUCAUCACCACAGACUUACCCUCAUCACCCCAGCCUUACCCUCAUCACCCCAGCCUUACCCUCAUCACCCCAGCCUUACCCUCAUGACCCCAGCCGCACCCUCAUCACCCCAGCCAUACACUCAUCACCCCAGCCAUACCCUCAUCACCCCAGCCAUACCCUCAUCACCCCAGCCUUACCCCCAUCACCCCAGCCUUACCCUCAACACCCCAGCCUUGCCCUCAUCACCCCAGAUAUCCUCACCAUGGGGUCCACCCUCAUCCCCCUCAUCACCCCAGCCUUACCCUCAUCACCACAGCCUUACCCUCAUCACCCCAGCCUUACCCUCAUCACCCCAGCCAUACCCUCAUCACCCCAGCCUUACCCUCAUCACCCCAGCCUUACCCUCAUCACCCCAGCCUUACCCUCAUCACCCCAGCCAUACCCUCAUCACCCCAGCCAUACCCUCAUCACCCCAGACUUACCCUCAUCACCCCAGCCUUACCCUCAUCCCCCCAGCCUUACCCUCAUCACCCCAGCCUUGCCCUCAUCACCCCAGAUAUCCUCACCAUGA